AUGAAGGCUGCAAUUGAGAAAGUUAAAGGCAAUUUGUCAUCUCAUAGAAUGACCAUAAAAGAAUUAGUUUAAGAAGUUCUCAAGAAAUCUGAUGCAGACUUCUAGGAUGACGAAGAUCUCAAAGUAAGUUAUGGAUGUAUUUAACCUCAUAGAACAUUGUAACAUUGCUGUAGAAAGAUCCAAAUUAAAGAUCCCAAUUGGAUGUGGAUAAAAUUAGAUUGUCAUUUUUUAGAUUCAAGUUUUUCUCAGAAUUGGAAUAGUCGAUGGGAGCUGAAAUGGUUUAAGGAUUAUAUAAAUAAUUGGGUUACGAAUUACAGAAAAAAAGACAGAUAAUAUUUAACAUAGGCGAUAUUGGAAAGAAGUUUUAUAUAAUUCUGAAGGGCAGUGUUUGGGUUCUGGUGUAGAAAAAGGGAUUGCAAGAAGGAUCUGGUCCUACAGAAGAAGAUUAAAAAUAAGAAGAGCAAUUAAAGAACGAAAAAAAUAAGGAAAUGAUGGAGAACAUGAAAAAAAGCACAAGGAAAAAAACUAAGAAAUCAAAACAUUAGGCAUUCGUCACUCAGGUAACAUUAGAUGACAUCUUUGCUACAAUGACAUAUUAAGAAUAUCUAGAGACUCAAUUUCCAUCAUUAACUAAGGUAGGAAUAAUUAAUGCCGGGGAAAGCUUUGGAGAAAUUGCACUGACUAAACAAGUGCCGAGAACAGCCACUAUUGUUGCAGCAGAAGAUACACAUUUUGCUACAGUUACUAGAGAUUAAUUUAAUAAAUUGUUGUCUGUUUUUUAUGAAACACAAUAAAAAUAGAAUAUAGGAUUUUUAAGUAAAGUUGCCAUAUUUUCUGAUUGGAAUGAAUAGAUGUUGAAUCAAUUAUAUUACCAUUUCAAAUUGGAAGAAAGAAAGCUAUUCUAAGUGAUAUACAAGGAAGAAGAAGAAGCAAAGUACCCAUUAUUUUAAUUUCAUUAGUUCUAUAUACUUACUUAAAUAAGGAGAAAUAGAAUUGUCACGCUCUGUCGAUGUUACUUAAUAGUAAAUUACUCCGAAUCUUACACUUUAAAAAUUCUUUACUAAAACUGAAAGAAAAUUUGAAAGGGUUCGUACUUCUGUGAUAACUGCAGGCUAGAUCUUUGGACAUGAAGAAGUAAGAUUUAUAUGCUACCCUCUAGGUUUUAGCUGGAACUAAAAGAUAAUAUAGGGCCAUGAGUAUAAGCCAGAAGGUUGUGUAUUUUGUAUUGGAUAAAUAGAGAUUCUUAUAGUAUUUUUAGAGGGGAUAAGCAAUACAGAAACUCCAAAAAUUUGAUGCCAAGAAACUAAAUUAAAGAACAUAAUCUUUGGAUAUCAUUAAAGGGAUUAAAAAAAUACCCUUAUUCACUGAACAUAGAGAUGUUCCAUUCAUAGACGCAGCAUAGACCAAGACUAGAAUUAAGAACUCAGUAGAAAGAAUAGGAAAUCCAGUGGAACAUACAGGGUAUGAAAUGCUUCAAGGACAUGGCCAUAUAAACAAAGCACAUUAUAAUUUCAGAAGGAACAUCGACAUUAUCAAACAAAAUGUUUAGAACAGCGAACCAUUGUCAUUAGAUAAAGCUCUAUUUCACAUUGAGGCUAGCAAAGGUUCUUAGAUAAGCAUCAUCAAUAAAGUAACAAUUAAUUAUUUAUUUAGGUCUUUCCUGCAGCUGCGAGACCUAAAUAUUCAAUACCAGAAUGCUCUAUAUCAUCUUAAACAAUUAUUAAAUCUCUGAAGUUGCCAAGGAUCUUAACUGAGGUCGAUUCAGUCAUGCUUAAUAGAACAAAUAAGGAGUACUUGAAUAGUUUUAAAGCUUCUUCAAUCUACUCAAUUGGGUUACCAGAUGAAUCAUAAAAAACAAUAAAUUGA